AUGCAAAGAGGUGUUCUCAAUAGUAGUUGGAGAUCUGAAGAUACCAUUUACAACAAGUUCCCUAACAUCAAUCUUGGUAUUCCAUCUCCCUCUUCUUCUUCAUCUGGUAUGCUUGCUGUUGGGCAGGUGGGAAGCUAUGUUUAUGGAUCUGUGGCCAUGGAAAAGAGUUUUAGGGACUGUUCAAUAUCAGCAGGUGGCCAUAGUUUUGGACUGGUGGGGGUUGAUCCAUAUCCUACAGCCUACCCUUUUCUUGAAAAGAGAAAAUCAGAUGAUGGAACCCUAGAAGAGAAGGAACAAGAAGAACAAAACCCGGAGAUAGAGACCCUUCCUGUCUUCCCCAUGCAUGGCGACAACAUCUCUGGUUUCUGCAACAUGAAGCCGGAAUCUGAGAACUACUACACCGGCUGGUAUCGAUCACAUGGCGCCAUGGCCGGUUCUCGUGCUUCCCUUGAGCUCAGCCUCAACUCCUAUACCGGCAGGUCACCGGAUUCUCCAUAG